AUGAGUACCGAGCCGAGCGAAACCUGGCUAACAGUGAUUAAAGAACUCGAGAUUAUAUUGGUUUCAUUGAGCACCUCUUCUUUCGAGAAACACCCGAUCAACACAUCAGACCACGUGGCUGAUAAAUUCCGACUCGUGGCAGCCCAUAAGAUCCACUUCUUCUUCAUCUCCGCUCUCGCUCCUUUUUCGGGCCUCGAUCACCACCAAUUUCCAAAUCAUGCAGUCUUCUUUCUUACUCAAGUAUCAUCCGCUCUUUGCCUUCCUUCAGCGCCACUCAGCUCGGGAGCCAACGAGGUGCAAAAAGCCUAUGUUGCAACUGCCCGAUGGUACUUUGAGACCAGCUUUUGUUGUUACGUUAGGGCCUUGGAGAAAAUCAAAGCUAGAGGGUGGACUAAAGAGGACGACCAAGAAACCGUCCGCAACCUCAGCCGCGACUGGCCGUCUAACAACGACCAGCUCGACUCCUUGCCCCUCUGGGUCGACCGGGCAUUCGACACCUUCCUUUGGUCGAUCCCGUUCAUGACGGUCUUUGUCUGUCUAAGAGAGAUCCGGAGAGCUGAUGGAGCCGAUGAACUCUCGACCAUCGGCGGCUCAUACAUGGUCUACAUCAUGAACCGGCUCUCCUACCUCCUCGUCAUGCGUCGCGUGCCCCCUCUUGGCGCUCUGUGGAUCUACGCCGUCGUCCGCAUGCAUCUCUCCCAUGCCGUACUUAGUCUCAUCCUCGUCGCCCUUUGGGCUUGGAUCAUGAAUCUUAGCUUUUAUGUCUAG